AUGUCGGAGCCGAUACAGGCGCAUGAGAAGGAGGUCGAAACCGCGCGCAAGGCCCGUGAGGAGAAGCUCAAGGACAUGGAGGCCGACCUCGCUCACUUGCAAACUGAAUUGAACGAUCUGAAGAACAAUCUUCGCCUCGUGCAACAGACGCCGAUUGUGUCGGCCCGCCUCCCUUUGAUGACUCGGCGAGCACCUCUGCCAUCCGUCAGCCGAUCGAAGCUUUUCCAGCCGAGUAUCGUCCUCACCCGCAGCCGCGGCCGCUCGUUCCUGAUGCUGCAUCCGAUCAUAAACGGUCAAGAUCCGGCCAUUCGCGAGCGGCUUCUCAGCAUCAUCCGCGUGGCUUUGGAUCCCUGCCUUCGCUCAAAGCUCCUCAGCGGUGAGCUGCUUCGCAGGAUCGAGGCGAUGAGAGACGAGGCGGACCCGCACGGCGCGCUGGUGCGCAAGCUCGAGGUGCACGGCAUGCUGGUGCGCAAGCUCGAGGCGCGGAUCUCAGCCAGAGAUUCUGGCAGUCCCGGCACGCGCACGUCGGCGACCUCUCGUCCACGUCGCAAUAGUAUCUCGCCGUAUGUUGUGCCACCUCCCCAGUCUCGUUAUCGGACGGAUCGGUCCAAAAAUGUCGAUGUCGCUGGAUGGACGGAUUGGUCCACAGCCAUCGCGGGGCCCUCCCGACUUACGAGCACGCCCACGCCAAGCGGCUCGACCACUACAGAGGUAUGA